AUGCAUUUCGACACAAGAUUAUUCAUAUUUACUAUUAUUAUUAAUAUAAGAUCGAAUUUCGGUCAAUAUUCUGAUGAUCAAAGUUAUUUAUCAUCGAUUGAAUUUAAUCGUGGUGGUAGUUCAACUAAUCUUAUAUUUUCAUCACCACAUGGUGGUUUUCUUGGUGCCAAUUUAACAUUAAAAAAACUGGGAAAAUCAUUGAAUAAUGAAACAUUAACAACAAUACUAUGGCAAUUGCCUGUAGCUGGUUGUUAUAAUGAAACUUUAAAACAAUGUGUAUACACAUUCAAAGAUUGUUUACAAUCGAAUAAUAAAAUACUUUCAUAUCAUCCUGAUGCAAGAUGUGUUAUUGAUCGUAGCUCAACAUUAUCUAUGUAUGUAUUAACUAAAGCUAUAGCUCAAUCAUUCGUAUCACAUUAUCAUCCAUAUACAAUAUUAAAUAAAUUAACUCGUCAAUAUGUUGAUCCAGCUGAGGACUUACAUCGAGGUACAUUUUUACUCGAAAGUGCUAUUCGUGCAUAUAUGGAUUAUCAUCGAUUAAUAGCUAUGGCUAAAGAAGCUAUACAUUUACCAUCACGUGGUCUUUUUAUAGAAUUUGUCUUUCAUCGAAAUUCUCAAACAAUACAACUUGGUUAUGGUUUUGAUCCAUUACAUUCAUCUACUAUGGGUAAACCAUCUGAAUCAACCAUGCAUGAACUUAUAUCACGUUCAGGUCCUAGUGUCAUUAUAGGAAACAAUUCAUUGGGGUAUUUUUUACGUCUUAAUGGCUUUGAGUAUGUUAUUCCCAUGGAACAAUCACAACAACAAAGACAAAUUAGAUAUCGUUUAUCAACUUAUUCAACACGAAUGCAUGCUGAUCAACGUUUCAAUGCGAUUCUGUUUUCUUAUCCGAUCGAACGUUUAAGAAAAUAUUCAAUCGAACAAGAAGCAAAGCGUAUUGCCAAGGCCAUCGAACAAUUUAUACAAACUAAUAAUAUCAGAAUUCUUUCUUCUUUUGCUUCAUCUCUGUUGUCUGUUAAUCGAAUUAUGUGGUUGUUUGUAUUAUUCUUAUCACAAUCUUCUACUGUGUUGUACAUUUAUCAUUGA